AUGAUCCCAAUUAUCUUUCUUAGCUAUAUUGUCUGGAGAAGAAAAGGAUACCAACGGUUUCAAGAACCACAUGGCUCAAGCAUUAUCAAAGUCAAAGGAAUCGGACGUGUUGUAGUAGGGAAUCCAUUAGUCCUCCCUGACAACCAAACGCAAGCUUUAUGGGAUGCAAGCGAAUUCGCUAUUCCACCAAUCGAAGAAAAUGCGUUCUUCAUCACCACUCGCAAAACAAUUACUUACGACCAAACACUCAGUGUCUGUCCGAGUGCGUUGAAUGAACAAUUGUUCUGUAAUGAAAUAAAUAAUCCUUGUAAACAAGGAAAACCAACAAAUAAUACAUUUGGUUUUCAAACGGGAAAAUGUGUGCCCAGUUUUGAAGAUCGAACGAAACGCGUCUGUGAAAUAAAUGCUUGGUGUCCUGAAGAACUAUCCAAUUCGACAGACGAUCAACUUGAUGUGAGUGAUCUGCAGAAUUUUACUGUUUUUAUUAAAACAAUCGUGUCGUUCGGCGAAUUCAACAUAAAACUACGAACUGUGAAUGAUGACACAAAAUUCUCCUGUCGGUUCAAUCCUGAUAAUGCUGCACGUUGUCCGAUUUUUCGUAUUGGUUAUAUUCUUGAAAGACUUCACAAGGAAGAUUCCACAAAGAAUCUGACGGCAUUGUAUUCUCAUGGCGGUUUAAUCGAGAUCAAGCAAAACUGGCAAUGUAAUUUCGAUUUCGAAAUCGACCGUACCGGAUGUUUUCCUACUUACUCUUUUAAAUUGCUGCAGGAUGGAGAAGAUCUUUUUUCACCAGGAAUCAAUUACCGAUAUGUGAAUAAAUAUCGUGUCAACGGGAUUGAAUAUCGCACGUUGACCAAAGUUUAUGGACUUCGUUUUGUAUUGGCAAUCACUGGCGAAGCGGGAGGAUUCGAUUUGUAUUAUCUGUUUUUAGCUAUUGGAUCGGGAAUUAGUUGGAUGGUUAUCGCUGAUUUCAUCUGCGAAUUUAUCUUUAAAUAUAUCCAUAAGAAUAACGAACAAUAUUGCCAAGGAAAGAUUUUCAUCUGUGAUUUAGUUCAAGACAGGAAUGUUGGAACGAUAAAAUUCUAA